UUUUCUUUUUCUUUUUCUUUUUCUUUUCUUCUUCUUUUUUUAUGUAUUUAUCUACUCCAACUUAAAAAACACUCUCGGAUACGGGACGACCGGCAUCCCUAUGACAAAUUACAGAAUAUUACAUGAGAAUUAUCUCCGGAUCAUCGUGUUCGUAAUAGUCACCGUUCUCUGAUAGAUAACUUACCUAGGUAGGUAGAUAGGUUCAAGUACGUGGUGAGGUUUAAUAUGUUGAAGUGUAUCGGGACUGCGGGAUAAUGCCUAUAAUACGUUAAUCUCGGGAAUUUCCGACCUAUCUAGAAAAAUGAAGAGCUCAGCGUUAAGAUGCGCGGAAAGCCACCUCGUCACCACCUAGUAGACGAGGAUCAUCCCCACACAAAACCAGGUAGUGUGGUCUUUAUCUUAAAAGUGUUGACUGAUUUUCAUAGUUUCAUGUAAAAUCCAACUCUCUGUUCAGGAGUUCGGCUCCUAUAAAUCUUAUACGUACAUACCUACCUCCCUACUUACCUACCUACCAUGGACAAUUGUCCCAUCCAUAUUAUAUGCUUCUUGGCAGGAUCGGCACCAUGUUGCUCUCCGUAGCUCCCUUUAUAUUAUUAGCUACCCCGUCUAUGGCAGCAGUGACACUAAAUACUGCUACCGGGUCCCCGAACGGCAUCGAUACUCGAGAGGUAGCCGAGCACAGGCACGGAUACGGGAAAUGGUCCCCGAAGGUCGUUAUUGUUAGCAUGUUCUACCCGGAAGCAGAGGUUUGGUACGAUAAUAUGAAAAAUGGCUCCUUGGGUGACCUUCUCGCAAACAACAUCUCCGUGCCAGGUCUCUCGCCGCUGUAUCCUCACGUCCACUGCAAUGGAAACGGCGAGAUAUGCCAACUCACCGUCGGCGAGUCGGAAAUCAAUGCCGCAGCAUCGAUGAUGGCGUUUGUUCUUUCGGAGCUCUUUGACUUGACGAAGGCGUACUUCCUUCUAGCGGGAAUUGCCGGUAUCAACCCUAAACUUGGCACACUCGGGAGUAUUGCUCUCUCUAGAUUCACCGUGCAAGUGGCAUUGCAGUAUGAGAUCGACGCGCGCGAGAUGCCCGGCAACUUCUCUACGGGAUAUUUCUCGUACGGCACUUACGCUCCCGACCAGUACCCGUCCGUCAUCUAUGGUACGGAGGUGAUGGAGCUCAACGAAAACUUGAGAGAUGCCGCGGCCGAUCUCGCCCAGCGCGCGAAGCUGGCCGACUCGGCGGGGGCAGCCGACUACCGAGCCAAAUACGGCACCGACAACGGGCUAUAUGCCGCCGGCGCGGAUGAGCCACAGGUAAUAAAGUGCGAUUCGGCAACUAGCGACGUCUACUUUUCCGGCGCGAUGUUGAGCGAGACGUUCGAGAACACGACUCAGCUGUGGACCAAUCAGACGACUAUGACUUACUGUAUGACUGCACAAGAGGAUAGCUCUGUUCUACACGCCAUGAUGCGAGCUGCUGUUUGGGGGCGGGUUGAUUUUUCAAGGGCCAUAUUAAUGAGAUCUGGUUCUGACUUCGAUCGUCCGCCGCCUUCAAUUAGUGCAUUUGAGCAUCUUCGCCUCAUCGAUGAGAACGGAUUUGAUAUCGCAGUUCAGAAUCUCUACCUAGCUGGGGUUGAGAUCGUGAAAGGUAUCUUGAUCGAGUGGGACUCUGUCUACCAGAAGGGGAUCAGGCCGUCGAAUUACAUUGGGGAUAUUAUUGGUACCCUAGGCGGCGAGCCUGACUUCGGGUCGGGCAGUCUGUUUGGCGGCUUAGGCUUCUCCCGGUCAUCGAGCGCGGAUGUUGGUUUAGCGAAGAGGAAGUUGGCAGGAAGAAAAGGGAGAAAUGCUGGUGGGUGGAAAUAAUUAUGUCAAAUGAUCAAUCGUAGGAUUAUAAACAGCCUUGGAUUUAUUUAUCG